AACCUUCACCAACCACAUCACAACACUUCCGACCAUGUUCUGCAUAAGGUGUCUUCGCACCAAUGUGGUGCGCCGACCGAUGACUGUCGCGCGACAAUUCUCAAUGGUAGCCUACCGCCGCUCAGCCGAGCCUGCGCUCUCGACCCCCGUCACGCAACCAGGCGAUGCUGCCCCCAAGGACGCUGCGAAGGCGCCCCUCUCGAUUUGCCCCGAGGGCACCGUUCUUGUUGGCUUGAACUAUACAAAGGGCGGUCAAGACCCUGUUGCUCUCAAGGAUGAGGAGUAUCCCGAGUGGUUGUGGAAGUGCCUGGACGUGAUGAAGAAGAGCUCUAGCGGCGAAGAGGACCUUGGCGAUGAAUUCUCAAAAUCGAAAAAGCAGCGUAAGCUGGCCGCGAAGCGACAACGAGAGCGCGAAGCCCGUCUACUGGCCGAGGGCAACCUGGAAGCGCUCGCUCCCAAGAUCCCUAUUCAGCAACAGUCUAUCAACUUGCCCGGAAAGGAGGGUGGCACACUUGCGGAGAAUCUUGAUGCUGCGGCCGCGCGAGAAGAGCUCAAGAAGGCCAUGCGCAAGGAGAGAAGGGCCAAGAUUAAGGAGUCCAACUACCUCAAGUCUUUCUAGUGGUUCUGCGUCUACAUUUCUCGCAGCAUCUACUUGUAUUAUAUGUUUAAAAAUUACUGUAUCUUGAAAUGAACUACUUUUCACAUUG